GUUUGGCAGCUGCAAGGAAAGGAAGUGCCUGAGAAGAAGAGAGCAAAACUCCGCUGGGCUGCAGAAGGGACUGGAGGCCUGACUCGUGCUCUUCAUAGACAGUAUGCCUCUUCCGCCACCCCCUUCCUCACCUCCACCACCUUAUCCACACUCCAGAGAAGCUUUGAGCCUGAACUGGCCCUUCCUGCGAAGUCUGUUGGGAGGAUUGCGCAUAUCGCAGCUGGUGGCCGGUGCUGUUUGCUGGAUUACUUUAGCAGCGCACAAGUAUGAAGGGGCAACCUACUUUGCGGUCUUUGCUGCGGUCCUUGUGUGGUUGCUCACCUUGGCAAUCUUUGGGCUCUGUUUAGUGGGCCGCUGGGCUCUGGUGCCAGGGUUGGGGAGCCGCUGGCUCAUCACAAAUAUAGUGCAUGAUCUGCUGUUUGGGGUGGUUCUCUUCACUGCUGCUGCAGGCAUCAUGGGCCAUAAGGCGCAGAGUGUCAGCUACUGCAACGUGAGUGCCUACAAGUUUCCCUGCAGUUACAGUGCCUACCUGAGUGCUGCCGUCUUUGCAGGCAUUGCUGCCAUCUUAUACCUGCUUUCAGGACUCUGCUGCUUGAUACGCCGUUCCCAGGGGCACAAUGACAUCAUCUGAAAGAUGCAAAAAGACAGAUCGAUACACAGGGAUAGACGCACCCUGCUUCAAACAGAAGGACAAGCCUCACACGUUAUCCCUACAGUCAGAUUGCUCCAUACUCCAGAUAUACCAAAUAGCCUUCCUGAUGAAGAGACAAGACAUCAAUUGACUUCCCUAUAGAGAAUCUGACCCCUUCACUAGAAGAUGGAAGCAGGCUUUUGUGACCAUGAACUGUAACUGCUGUGUCCUUUAGAUGAAAUCUGGGAGCCAGAUUGUAGGUCCCUCUUGUUUUUCUUCCUCCUUCACAUGACAGGUGGGUCCUUCUGGGUUUUGGAGGGUUUUGUAUGGCUUAGCUUGUGAUGCAAGUGAGUGCCGCAGGGAGCCCUGGAAACUCAUGAUCAUUCAAUGUGAUUCUUAGUUCUUACAAGAGCAACUUCAGUUUAGCUUGUAGUCCUUGUCAAUACAUAUAUAUUUAUGCCUCAUAUAUAAUACCCCCUGACAUACUGAAUUAAUUCAGUGACUUAAUUGAACUACUGAAUUACAAUCUUUUGGGCUGAUCCUCUGGUUUAUUAUUUUAUAGCACAAUAGAAUUUAGAUAUCACCCCCAAAGCCUUCUUUUGUUUGCCCUCUGUUUUUAAUCAUACAUUUAUAAGUAAUAGCUUUUAAAAUAACUUCUGUAUUUUGGAUAGGAUCUUGAUGUGGAUAUUGUAGCCUUUGUACCACAGCAUCACACCUUCCAGGUUCUCUUACCUGGAUGCUCUGCCUUAUAAGCCAGCCCAUGGGCUCUCCCGCUUGAGAUAUGAGGGAAAUGUUCCUUGUGUAUUCUCAGAGAUAUUCUCUUUGUUGUUACUGCUAUAUUAUAUGUCCCAGAUCUGAUACUAGAGAGAGGUUCCUGGACUGAGCUUGCAUGGUUCAGUUCUGAGCUCUGGUAAAUUCUCUUAAAUUAAGCCCUCCCUUUGAUGGACCACAUGAUUUUGUUAUUCUCUAUAUCAGUUCAUAUAUCAUUUCCACAAAACCUCAGGAUCCACUGGUUUAUGAACAAGGAAGCCAACUCACAGACUAAUCAGUCAUGGAUAACAUGGAACAUUUGAAGCCUUCUGCUAAAUGAUUGUGGGAGGCGUUGGUGAUGCAACCACGCAGAAAAGAGACCCCUUGUGGCAGAGAAGAAGUGCUUGUGAUCAACUGAGGUUAGGACCAGACUGAUUUAUAUAUGAGGCCCCCACCUAAGCUGGCUAGGAUGACCAGUCUCCAGUGGGGGCAAUCAGGAGAUAUUUAGGUAGAUUUGUACUUCAGUCCUUGACUCCUGAGAUACCAAGAUCAUGCUCCCAUGUAAGAAUAACCCUUCCUAAUAAGUGAGAGUAACAUUCCAGAUUUGAGAGCCCAUGAGGUGUAGUGGUUAAGAGUAUUGGACUAGGAUCUGGGAAACCCAGGUUAAAAUCCCUGCUCUGCCAUGGAAGCUUGCUGGGAGACCUUGGACCACUCACAUACUCUCAGACUAGCUUACCUCACAGGGUUGUUGUGAGGAUAAAAUGGAGGAGAGGAGAACAAUGUGAGUUGUCUUGGGUCCCCUCUGUGGAGAAAGACAGGAUAUAAAUUAAAUAAAUAAAAUUCAGGCUGGACUCUCAAUUAGGCUCUUGCAGUCUUCUGCGCCAGGGUUAUCCUACUCUCUUCAUAACCUAGAGAAGCCCAUUCAAUGUAUUUUGUAUGAAGCACAGAGAUAAUGCCUUCCACAAGUAGGAGAACACAUGGAAUUUUGCACCUCUAAGGCACAAUGAAAAGAUAAACUUUGAAGAAAAAUGUGCAAGCAGGAAUUGCAGUUGGAGAGACCCUGGGGGGAAAUGUGAUUACUCUAAAAGCUGACAUAUGGUCCAAAGGAAAGAAAUACUUCAACAACCAAUAUAAAUAGUUACAUCUUAUUGAAGGCCUCAGAUAGGAUAUGUAUCCAUACUGGGGUGUAUUUACAGAUCGGAGCACUGCUAUAUGGAACUACAUUUCCAUAUCAUAUGAGAGAGUUGGAAAUUAUUUGUGUGUGACAGCCAUAAUAAUUCUAGCACUGGAUUCCUGGAGCAUUCAUGCAACUAGACUGGUAUACACUUUGGACUUCAGCUCCUGACCUGGAGAUCCCUCUGAAAUAUUGAAGUGCCAAGUAAAGGAUCCCUGCAAACAAACCUGCUGUUGGUCUUAGUCAAAUUGGUUUAGCAGCUGCCAUAAAUGCCUUUCCCAAGAUACUACAACUAAUGUGCCUUUUGUUCCAGUAGUUUUCAAAUGGUGGAGAUGGUUCUUUUUUUUGCUGGACUCUUUUUCACCCAGGCAAGAGACUAUAUUCCAGCAACACCACACAGGCUGGUAAAUGUAAUUGCUUCAGCAGAGAAACUGAGAACUCCCCCAGAAGUCCACAUUGCCUGUCCUCCUGCUCAAGACACCAAAGAAUUCUUCUUCAGCCUCUGGACAUUAUUGACAUUUUUCUAUUCUGUAUGUCAACAAACACAUUGCCUUCAGCUGUUUUAAUUCUCCUUUCUGGCCUAUGCCAAAGAUAUUUCUUAGUGUUGGACAUGGAGGAACUACUGUCUGCCUGCCAAUUGCUUUGAAAGGAAUCCACGCCCUUUCCCCUUGAUCCGCCCAAGACAGCUCUGUGGUCAGAGGAAGUGGCUUCUGUAAAGACCUGUGGCCAGAGGAGACCCUUUGAUACCUUGCCUUCUCUGAGGUGGUGAGGAAGCUAUUAAGUCCUGAGCCUUAACCAUGCUGAAUACAGGACUUCAUCUUGAGAGGACUCCAUCUGCCCACUUUAGGAAGCCACUGAGAAGAAUGGAGAGAGAGUGCGGCUGUGUUAGACUCACACCAUCUGUUUUGUUUUGGGGAGGGAAGGCAGGGGCUUUGCAGAUUCUCUGCUUUGUGCCUCAAGAGCAAUGCGGAGUAAAUCUGAACAAUGGCUGUGACAUCAGUUCAGUUUUUAGUACCUCCUGUCACAUUGUACUAAUUUGGGAAAAGAAAUUGAUGCUGUCAUGGUGGGAGGAGAAGCAUUUUGUCAAAUGAGGCUGGCUCAGAUAUUUAAGGCUUUUCUGCCAAUUCUACCUUUUCAACAUUCCACAAUUUGAUUCUGACUCCUGUCAUCAGUUUCUACACAAAAAUCUACUCUGAAUAUGGAUGUGUCCCAAAGGUUACAUUUCAGACUUUUCUAUCCAUUUUUAAAGUAAUAUACAUUUUAAUAAAGUUGUGUGUGGAGCAAAA